UCCAGAGGGACGGCCGCAGCAGUUCAAGCUCUAUAUUUGUAACAUCACACCAUUGUCUCCGUAUUGGACCAUUUUCAAGAACUCACAUCAGUUUUCAUACAGCUUAAAAGCAAGGGGAGAGGCGAAGCCAGAGAGCAGCAGAUCAGACCAUACUGAGCUCCCUUAGAGCGGCUGAGACCCGUGGAGGAUGCUGGCUGCCAAGUGGCUGAGGAGGGCCUCACUGUAAGGUGGGAAAGCAGGUCUCAGCGGGACAGCUUCCUCUGCUCCUGGGCUCACCAUGGCCUUCACUCUGGCUGGACGGCUGACGUGACUGUGUGCCCCAAGUGUGCACGUUGCUGGACUGGGUGCUGUCCUAGGUACUGCCCGCUCUCAGGGUCUGGGAGCAGGGCAGGUGGGCAUCAGAUGCUACCAAAAGCCGGACGGGGCAGAGCGAUGGACUCCGACAAGCCAAGAUGGAAGUGACCUGAGGCCUCGCCCAGGCAGUUUCCUCUUGCCAGGAUAGCUUAAGAGUUGGAGCACAGGCUUGUCUGGGGAGCAGUAUGCAGGAAGCUGAUUUUCAGGCCACAAAUGCUUUCACAGAGUGCAAAUUCACCUGCACCAGCGGUAAAUGCUUGUAUCUUGGUUCACUGGUCUGUAACCAACAGAACGACUGUGGGGACAACAGUGAUGAAGAAAAUUGUCUCCUGGUGACCGAGCACCCACCUCCUGGCAUCUUCAACUCGGAGCUGGAGUUUGCCCAGAUCAUCAUCAUUGUCGUGGUGGUCACGGUGAUGGUCGUGGUCAUCGUCUGCCUGCUGAAUCACUACAAAGUCUCCACCCGGUCCUUCAUCAACCGCCCGAAUCAGAGCAGAAGGCAGGAGGACGGGCUGCAGCCGGAAGGGCGCCUGUGGCCUUCAGACAGCUCCGGGCCUCGGCCAGGGGCCUCAGAGAUCAUGUAUGCCCCGAGGUCCAGGGACAGGUUUACGGCCCCAUCCUUUAUCCAGAGGGACCGGUUCAGCCGUUUCCAGCCCACCUACCCCUACGUGCAGCAUGAGAUCGACCUUCCGCCCACCAUCUCUCUAUCUGACGGGGAGGAGCCGCCUCCUUACCAGGGGCCCUGCGCCCUGCAGCUCAGGGACCCUGAACAGCAGAGGGAACUCAACCGAGAAUCUGUGAGGGCCCCGCCCAACCGAACCAUAUUCGACAGCGAUUUGAUAGACAUUUCCGCGUACAGUGGGGGCCCGUGUCCGCCGAGCAGCAACUCGGGGAUAAGUGCCAGCACCUGCAGCAGUAACGGGAGGAUGGAGGGGCCGCCCCCGACGUACAGCGAGGUGAUGGGCCACUAUCCGGGCGCCUCUUUCUUCCAUCACCAGCACAGCGGCGCCCACAGAGGGAGCAGACUGCCGUUUCAGCAGGACAGCUCGGGGGGCACAGUGCUGCCCAUCCAGGGCAAAGACAGGAAGCCCGGGAACCUAGUCUGACCCCGCGACGGCGCAGGAGGAGGAAGAAACCAAGGAGGGAGGAGGGCCGCACUGCCUCCGCCCCCAGGCACGCUGUUGUUCCGUUUCACGUGCUACAACGAAGUAAAACCAAAUGUGCAAACGUGGUCUUUGUUUCUGAUUCCUUUCAGGGGAAUUGCAAGCAGACUAAACUGAAAUAAUACAAACUUCCAUCCGAUCUGACCGCGAACAGUGUUUAUUUGGGGACAGGCGUCAGGACGGGGUGGGUGCUGGUUUUCACCAAGGGCGGGCUUGGGAACACAGAGAAAGGGAUGCUUGGAAGAUAUCAUGAAAUAAAACCCACAGAGGUGUUUGAUUUAUUUAAUUAUGAAAGGAGACUUUGCAGAGAAAGAGGCCAGAAUGGCCCGUUUUAUAAUGAAUUGAUAAAAAAGGAUGCAUUAUUAUAUAUUAUCAUGGGGAAGUAUCGGCCAGUUUGCUUUUUCUCCCAAGGUGUGGAACUUUUAUUUUGUUUUAAAAAUAUGAUUGAAAAUCCCUGUUUUGUGUGCCAAGGUAUAAAGUGAAGAAGUUAGAUGAAUGCAAGGAGUUAAUUUGUGUCGUGAUGUGUUUUUUAAAAGUUGCACUAUCUAAAUGUUUAUAUAUGAGGGGACUGUUCUAUGUGAAGUUCUGUAUGUUGUCUUCUCACCUGUGGAUUAUUAUUAGGCCCAAGGAAUACCCGGAGUGUUCCCCAUAAUCACAUGAGAAAAGAUGUUUGGGGAUAUAGCCUAACAUAUGCCAACUUACCUAAAUCAAGGAGGUCAUUACCGUUGCAAGAGUUUGGCUCACAUAGUGGUGCAUCACAGAAGCAUCUGGAGACUUUGGGAUUGGAAGAUAGGAAAGACUAAAUCCCAGCGUUUCUGACUUGCUGAGUUCCUUUGCUAGUCUUAGGCUGCAUAUUUGAUUAACUUUGACCCUGACAUGUGCAUUUUAUGUACCUGGUAUCACGCAAUCCUGCCCGUCCUCCCGCGGAGCAGUUUCUUCAGUAAUUUAGAGGUUUUUUUUUUUUUUUUUUUUUUUUUUUUUCCCCCACUGUAGCAUGAAAUAUACUCAGAUACAUACAUUAUUUUACGCAAUAAAUUGUUUAAAAUGCAAGGUGGUUAUUUUUAAUACUGUUGAAAUAUGUGACUUCUCAGUGUAUUUCCGUUUUCUCUCUCCUUUUCUAGAUAGGUAGUACAGUUCAGGCCUGGCCGGCUGGUCAGGACUCUGGAAGAGGCUCUCACCAGUGGCCCCCUGGGGCAGCCUACCUGGCCAUUGUGUGCAGGCAAUGCCCCCAGGGGCAUCUUCACGAGCAGGAGGCCCCCUGGAGCGGGUGAGAGCACAUGGCGGGUGAGAGCACACACGCUACCCAUCACUGCUGGUGGCACUGGGCUCUUGGAGGAGGUACUCAGAACCCAUCCUGGCCCCUGGGGAGAGCUUCCUCAGCCCCCAACCCCCCAAUGGUUACCCAACGGUGCAGGGCGGGGGGAGUGACUGGAAGCACACAGGAGAAAAAGCACAACACAUAGUUCAAUGCAACCAGAGAGCUCAUAAAUAUCGCUAGUCUCAGCUUCACUAUUCGUGAUAUUUACAAACAUUUGCUCUUAUGUAGAAUAGGUAACUUCCUUGUGUGGAAGCCAGCAUCUGGCCCGUGUGACAGCCGCAGCCUGUGGGUUUGGCCAGCACCAGGCCAUGGGAGGGCUUGUCCCCUUUGGCCUCUGCAUGUAAAACAGUGAAUUUGGAAUGAUGGCUCAGUGACUCUUAUCUCUGCGGUUUUCAUUGCUGAAUUGGCACAUGUAUGUUUGUGUCUGUCUGUGGGUCUCUGGGGUGGUUUCUCAGGGAGGUGACUUUGUGCUGUGGGCUAAGAGCUGGAGAAUGUUCUGAAUGGCAAGUCCUAUCCGUGGCUCCUUUCUGCUACUUCUCUCAGUCAGUAGGUGCCUGGUUUUUGUUUUGUUUUGAGGAUUGGAAUCUCCAGUAGACUCAUCCAUUUCACACAGUAACCUCCACAGAUCUCUCUCCUUAAAAGGAGAGAAAAGAUGGGCAGCAGUUGCCACUCAGGCCCCAGACCCUGUUUGGAGGCGUAUUUUGUUCUGGGGGCUGCCUCGGGGACCCCGAGACUGGACAGAUCCCUGGGAGCCUGGACCCAGACCCAGAGCCUGCCUCUCCUGUGCCCUAGGCCCUCCUGUGGCUCAGCUCACUGCCUGCAUUACAGGCCCGUGCUUAAGGAAACUGGGCAUCCCCUUGGCAUGAACCUUACCUCACCAUGCAAGGGAAUGUUAGCACCUGACCCAGUCAGGACCCCACAGGUGGAGGCUCAGGGUAGGUUAGGUGUCCCGUCAGAUGCAAAAGGAGAAGCUUAGUCAUCAUUCCAAACCUCACCUGCAAUUUUGGUAAAGUGGUGAACCCGCCAUAUUGUAGCUCUUCCUCAAAAUGGUUGCAUAAUCCUUUUCCUACCUACUAUAAGAAUGAGCUAUGGUCAGAAACUGGCAAAUUCCUUAGUCACUUUGCAAGUUUAUGAAUGUUUUGCAGAUGUCCACAAUAAUUUGGCAAAGCAAUUAUUUAAUUCCAGUAACUUGAAUCGUCCUUCAAAAGAGGUUCCUCCCAUUGGGCCACCCUAGAGAAUUGCCCUUUGAGUUAUAUAGUUAUUUAAAGACACAGACCUAGCAAACCAUGACUUGAUGGUCUUUGAGGCUGGACCUCUGUGAUGAAUUAGUUUGAAAGCCAAGGUCAUGAGUUGAAUUAAUAAUCAAUUUCCUUUGACAUGGGGAAAAGGUGAUUUAGAUCCACAGCUUCUUGAAAGGUGUGGCUGCCUUGUUCACACCACAUUACCCCCUUGCUGGCCAGGUGAGGGACAAGGGGUGAUGUGAGGAUGCAGCUUUUACAGGGGCCCAAAUUUCAAGAAGCCCACAUGCUUAGGAGAUCCCAAGGUCUGGCUGGGGAGCCUGUGAUGUAGGCAAUCCAUGGUGGGUUUAUUAUUUCAGAAAGGUGUUAAAGGAUUGCAUUGUUCAAAGGAACAGUGGGUGGGGAGAUAGUGCUCCCGGGGAACCAGCUGUGACAUCCAGCUGCUGUCCCCAGACUUCCAGGAGCAUAAAAACCAGGGUAUGUUGAAUCCCAUUUCUAGGAACAAAGUCUUCAGGGGUGUAUUUGGUCUGUGUUCUUCAGUCGCCAAAGCAGUCCUUAGUACAAAUGAGAUUUUCCUAAAGAAACUGUGUAAUUAAGUAAACAUUGCUCUGUUCUUUGUGUCCCUGACCAAAAUUUAGUGUUAAGGAGUUUGACAAGCAUGCCCUCCAUCCUUCCCCAUCACAUACACUUGUGGACACACAGCCCUCAAGAAAUUUCAAGAUAGCCGAAGAGAGCACUGAAAACUUAAAAAGACUUGUCAUGAGGAGGACUUCACGUUCAUCUGCUGAUUUUAGCUCAAAGUCUUCGGAGAGGACAGGGGCUGAUAGUAGCCUGAAAGGCCUUCAGAAGCACUGGCGUAGGAAUGUGGUGCACAGAUGAGCAUGCCUUAGGCUUCUGAACUUCUUCCUUUGAUCUCCUUCACCUUUAUUCUAUGUUCAUUAGAAUGAGAAGAACUCAGAUGGCAUGCACUGCUAGAAAACUGCUCUGACCUAGAAGAAUCCGGUCAAAUCACAGCCUUCCCCUCAGAAGCAGAGUUUGCCCCCCUGGACAGGGCCCUCCUGCACCAUCCAUCCAGUUGCUUUGCUAACUAGGGGUGCCUGUAUAAGGGUCCUGCUGGGGUCCUCAGGGGCCAGGCUGGGGGCUGUUGCCCCACGUGCUCCUUGCCCGCAGCUUCCGUCCGGUGUUAGCUAUGCCGGGAUUCCUGCUAGAAGUUUGCUAUGUAAAGCAGCACCGUUAACUGCAUAUUGUCUCAUAUACCAUUCAUUUCUCUUCAGAUUUCCAAAGCUCAGCAGUAUGCAAAGGGGGGAAAAAAGAACUGGGAAGGACACUUGGUUUUUGUUAACUUUUUGGUUUUGUCUGUGACUAAAACAAGACAUAGACCCAUGCUUGGCACCAAGCCUUUAUAUGGUGACAUGCCCCCCAAGGCUACUUCCCCUCUCUGCCAGGGCCCAAUCCUAGUGGAAGGGCCCGACGCAGACUCCAUUCUGCUGAUGUUCACCCAGAUUACCUUGGCCUUGGUGAACCUAAAUAAAAUGACAUGAUUGGGUGACAGGCUGGCACGUCUCCCCUCCUCAGUGUGAGCAACACGGUGUCCACCAGUGCCCACCAAAGUCACAGAUGAAGAAAUAGCUUUCACCCCAGACCACAAAAGCUAGUUUUGGCGGCUUUGCGGGCUCCCCUCACUGGGGCCAGCUGCCGGAGGCCAGCCCAAGGACCUUGCAAAAUCCUCCUGCCUCGCCAUAACCUACAUUUUUCAGGAAACGAGAUCUCAGCCGAGGUGAUAUAACUACCCAAAGUACUGCGUCUUUCACGUAGUUCAAGUUUGUAAUUGACUGCCAGGGUUAGACGGUCGUUUGCUGCUGCUGCUUUCCAGACCAGCUGCAUCGGGAAGCUGGUGUGUGUGUGUCAGAAUGCCUUGCUAAGAAAGCGCUGCCUUCCUCUGAUCCUCUUCCCUUUCUCCGCGUGUGCUUGUUUGUGUGCAGUGGGGGGGGGGGGGGGGGGGGGGGGGGGGGGGUAAUGGACGCACUACUCGCAUGUCGCGUCGCCCUUGGCGUUCCAAAGAGCUCUGCAUGCCGGUGGCUUUGAAGCCCCCACGGGGUCUCUUGCUGACUUCAGCAGACCCAGGAACCGAGCCCCCCACCACCACACUCUGCUCCCACCUUUGUUGUGCCUCACUUACAAUGGUGCUUUUUCAGUUGUCCGUCUUCUCUUUUUAUUUGUAAGGUGCUGUAUAUAACUUGAAUAUAUUAUGCACAUAUCCUACCCAAUGGGUAGAACAAAAAAUUGUUAAUACUGUAAUAUAAUGUAUAGAUACUGAUUUUAACAGAAAUGGCAUAGAAUUUGUGAAUGCCUAUGUGCUUUGUCCUCUUUUGUAAGGAAAUUUGCAAAUGGAUGCAUACAGAUAAAAGUCUAUGUAGUUUAUUUUCCUAUUAAAUAUCAAUAUUAUAACACAAGGGAAAGAAGUCUGAACAAACAAGCCACUGUUUAUGACCAGCAUAUGUAUAGCAAGUGAGAGUUGCAUCUUUGCUGUGAAAACCCUUUAAAAAAUAAUUUAAAAAGAAUCCCACAGCUUUUUGGUUGCCACUAGAUGCUUCUCAUUUUCAUCUCUUUAGUAAGGCUCAGUUGGACCAGUGUUAGAGUCAGAAAAAAAAAGAAAGUGUCUUUUGAAUUUGCUUUAUGAGAAGAUAUCUCAUGUUGUAGAAGACCGGAGAGGUCAGGCACCAGUGAAAAGUGCGUACUUUGUUAAAAUUACAGAAAUGAUGCCCAAGUUCAGGAAAUUGGCCAGCAGCAGAGGACUUUGUUCAGUACAGAGGCAUUCGGAGCCAUCCAUGUCCCUAGUCUCUCUGUGCCUUUUCCUUUGACAAAAUGAAGUUGUGGAGCCAAUGAAGGUACGCGUGUGUAGGGCAAGAGUAUCUCAGGAAAAACAAAUCCACUUAGGAGAUGACCCCGCUCUUAGCAAAACUUGUUUUGGGUUAUCAUUCACAGAGAACUAGCUAUCGGUCAGUCAAGUGAAGAAUCUUUUAUCCAUUCCUGUUGGUGUCUCGGGGUGAUCUUGAUAAGCUAGGAUUUGCCAGCCGUUAGGGAUUACAUUUUUCGUCGCCUGUUCUUUCGCACCUCUUACACAUCUAUCCUUCCAGCUCAGUGUCCUUUGUGACCUCUGCCUUUAUCUUCAAAUAUUCUAAUACUAAAAAAGGAAAAAGCCUAUCAUGUCUUCACCAAAACCACAGUUGAAUCAUGGGCAUGUUCAUUCUUUCCAGUGUUGUCCAUAAAGGCAGUCAGUGAAAUUUUGCCCGUCGGAUCCAUAUUUCCACUCUAUUGUGUCACCAGAGGAUAUUAAUUCUAGUAAAAUCCAUGUUUUUUAUUUGCUCUGUGGUGUUAUGUUCUGAUUUUGAAAAUCACAAAAGAAUCAUGCCCUUAUCCUCCAGAAAGCAGACGAUUACAGAUUAUCCUUACAUUGAAAACACCUCUACAAUGCAACUCGUAAUGCUGAAGGAUGAAAAGUCACCCCUUCUUCUCACUGUUCUGAAAAAACUAUCGUGACAAGAUAGUUAUCUUGGUGGGGAGAGGCUGUGUCCCAUCCAGCCCCCACCCUUGGCUCCCCUCAUGAACUGUGGGGGCUCCUUGUGGUUCUGGUUUGGCAUUAGGAACCAAGGCUCUCUGCUGUCAGGAGCAACACUCCCACCCUUCCAGGUUCCAUCUCUUGGGAGAACUGUUUGAGGAUGAGUGUCAUCAGAGAAUGUUCUAGACUCAGAGGUACUAAAGUGUGUUCCCACACCAUUGCUUCCUUUCUACAGAAUUGAGGCUUAAACUUUGCUGUUAAUGAUACUGGUUCACCUUAAUGUGCUUGUUGGUAUAUUGCUGUUUUUCAUUUCAUGGCUUUUAAAAAUCACAUUUUCUAAUUGUCUUUGUCUACUGGAAAGCUAUUUUUAAAUGUGUACAACACUAUUCAUAGCAUUUAGUUCAUUUAAUUUUUAUUAUAAAGCAGCCAACUAAAAAGGUACAACUGUAUGCGAGCUUUUCAGUAGCUCAUGUGAGCUCUGAUAACCAGAAGCUAUUAAAGUCUAUAACAGCCAUUUGUGCUUACUUUCAACAUAAUUCCCAGCUAUAUACAGAGAAAUAUUUCCAACUGUCGUGUAUCUGCCUCUUUUAACUGAGCAAUGGUGAUGUAGUUCUUAGACCUAAGGUCUGUAAUUGCAAUACUUUUAAAGAAAGAUGUUGCUCUAAGUGCUGUUUGUUAGUUAUGAAAUCAGCUUUUUCUGCUUGUUCUUAAUGCUGUGGUCAAACCAUAGCACAAAAUCAUUAAAAAUAAUCAGUGAUA